AGACACAAUCGGUUGAAGUGUUGAUAAAACACGCUCUGCAAUUAUAAUAAAACUGGUGCCUCAUAAUCAAUCGACGUUCAGAGUUGAUUUCGUUUUCGUGCUGAACAUAGGUAAAAGUCCUACAGAAUAAAAUGAUCCAAUGGAUCCAAAAUUUUCUUUGUUUCGUGUGCGUACUACUGCUGGUAGUUCAUGUUCUACAGACGAUCGAUAAACAGGGUCGGCUGUUUCGUGCUUUGAAUAAAUUUGCCGGACCACCGGUACGGCCCAUUAUCGGAACACUGAGUGAAGUUCUAUUCUUGGACCAAGCUAAAACAUUCCAGCGCGCACGCCUUUGGCCAAAGCGAUACGGUGGCUCUUAUCGCUUCUGGGGAAGCCGCAGGAUGUGCGUUCUAAAUAUCGUGCGAGUACGAGAAGCGGAACCAUUGUUGGCUAGCGUCAAAAAUACCGACAAAAGUCGGUUCUACAAAUUCUUACAUCCCUUUCUUGGAUUAGGCCUGCUGAAUAGCGCAGGAUCGAAAUGGAUGCACCGCCGCCGAAUUCUGACGCCAACUUUCCACUUCAAUAUUCUCAAUGGAUUUCAUCAAACGUUCCUGGAAGAGUGUGAACAACUAUUAUCUACCUUAAGCCACCAUGCCAGCUCGAACAAAGCUACAGAUUUGCGACCACUGAUGUCUCGAUUCACUUUGAGUACAAUUUGUGAAACGUCCAUGGGAGUGAAACUAUCUUCGAUAGCAGGGGCAGAUGAGUACCGGCAGAAACUGUACCGGAUUGGUGAAUUGUUAGUCUAUCGGCUGAUGCGUCCGUGGAUGCACCUCGAUUCCAUCUGUACAAUAACCGGCUAUCGAAAAGCUCUUAACAAACUACUACGACCUGUGCACGCUUUUACGACCAGCAUCAUAAACCAAAGAAGAGAUCAAUUCAAGCAGCUUUCAAACAACAUCGAAGAUUUGACGGAAGAAAACAUUUACACCAGCACCAAGAAGCGGUACGCGAUGCUCGAUUCUCUCCUGUUAGCUGAAGAAAAGCACCAAAUCGACGAAGAAGGUAUUCGCGAAGAAGUGGACACGUUCACUUUCGAGGGUCACGACACCACGGCAUCGGCAUUGGUAUUCAUAUUCUUUACACUAGCACGAGAGCAGCAGGUUCAGGAGCGCAUUUAUAAUGAAAUCAGUAGGGUUCACGCCAGUAAGACCAGCGAAGGUAAGUGGUUCACUCCUCAGGAUUACACCGAAAUGAAAUUCAUGGAUCGCGCGAUAAAAGAAUGUCUACGUCUCUGGCCACCGGUACCUUUCAUAUCUAGAGCUGUUACCGAGGAUAUCAUUCUGGCUGAUGGGAAUAUGAUACCAGCAGGUGUGGUUGUAAAUGUGCAUAUAUUCGACCUUCACCGGGAUCCGGAACAGUUCCCAAAUCCGGAUGAGUUUGAUGCGGAUCGUUUUCUACCGGAGAACGUCGAUCGCCGUAAUCCAUACGCGUACGUCCCAUUCAGUGCUGGACCGAGGAAUUGCGUUGGGCAGAAGUACGCAAUGAUGGAGCUGAAAGCGGUUGUAGCGCAUACGCUGCUCCAGUUCAAAGUAUUGCCAGUGACACACUUGGAGGAGAUCAACUUCGUUGCGGACUUAGUGCUGCGCAGUACGAAUCCCAUUGAGGUUACAUUUGUGGCACGCAGUUGAGUGAUGCGUUUCGAAAAUAAAUGUCUUCGUUGGCGUUGUUUUGAUUGGUGUGUGCGAGAAGCGUAAAUUAACCUCUAUUCGCGUGCUAACAUACAAUAUGUGCCAUUAGGGUGGGGAAAGUCGUUGAUCAAAAGCGCAUCAAUGUUUCUAGACUUUUUUAAUAAGCACAAGCCGCAUGAGGAUGCAUGCCUUGUUAUACAAUUGUCACCGACAGUAGUUCAAGAGCCAUGACAUGAUGCCAUACUGAAUUUCACUAUCGUUGACCCCUAAAACGUGAUAAAAGACUGUUCUACUCGAUGUUGACUUUUGAAACUUUUCAUGCAUUCUUGACGUUUUGAUAUUUCUUUAUAACUAAACACUCAAAGCAUUGUAAAAUAAAUUUAAAACUUUUAAAGUUAUUAGUUAUAAUUUUGUUCAAUAGAGCAAGUCCAUAAAAACUGUCUCAGUUUUAAUAUUUUUUUUUGUCAUUUUUGAUUUGGUUGAAACUUUGCAGAGAUUAGUUUUUUUUCAUUUGAAUAACGGAUAAUUUGUAAGAGGGUAUUUUUUUUUCCUCAUCUAUAGUUUAUUUGACACGGCACAAAUACAAUUCAAUGUUUAACGGCGCCAAUUAUAUCUGGUAGCUUACUUUCUAAAGUAUCUUAAUAACUAAAAGCAAAUUUUUUAUCCUCGCUGCCGACUACGAGCUGAAACUAAAUCUAACUUAAGCUAGAAUGUUUUGCAUGAAAAGCACUGAUUUGUUGUUUGAUGGUUUUCCAUCGCCAUAGGUAAGCAGCAUAUUGAAUAUGUUCCGCUGCUGGGCCAAGAUAUUACGGACUGGUAUAUUGGGUUGUCUCCCUCGGGGCCUGAGAGUAUCGUGCGGGUCUAGUUGCUGUUUCCGGAUCCGGGGUCUUAACGUGUUCUUGUCGUUUGGUUGGAUGUAGGCGGAAGGGGAUAGGACUAAACUGGGGCGUGGAUGGAUUUCAGGAAAACGUAUAUAAGGGACAUGUAGGAUAGGUCACGGCUCGCCAAGACAUCACGAACAGGAACAGCCGGCUGCCUACCUUCGGCCUGCAGGGAAGCUACUAAUCUAGACCUGGCGUCACGGUGUACAGGGCAUGACCAAACAACGUGCUCUAUGUCGUGAUAACCUUCACCACAGGCACAGAUACCACUCUCCCCGAGCCCAACACGACGGAGAUGCGCGUCAAAUCUAUAGUGAUU